AUGGCGGCACCAGAGGCUUCGCCGAUAGUUGGGAGCGAGCUCCCUCCCAUCAAUCAUUACGGUGCUGGCAUCGUUGCUCUCUCGGUGGUAAUGCCUAUUAUUGCCACUGGAUGGUUGGCGCUGAGGGUAUGGACUCGACGGAUAAGAGGGAUCUCGCCCUUCCUCGUGGAGGAUAUCUUCUGCUAUAUUGGUCUGUUCCUCUUCUGGGCAAUGGGUAUUAACGGCAUCUUGAUGGUCGUUUACGGUGGUCUCGGAAACCACCUUCGUCAGCUCCAGCCGAUUCAAAUCCUACGGUAUUCUCAGAUUCUCUUCGCCAACCAGGUUCUGUAUGCCACUGCUUUGGGAUUCACCAAAACCAGCCUCGCACUCAUGCUGAAGCGCAUCUUCUUCACUCAGUCGUAUAGCUGGGUCGCUUAUUGCGUAAUCGCGCUCAAUGUCUCCUGGGUGAUUCAGACCAUCUUGACGGGCAUCUUGAUCUGUCAGCCUGUCACCAUGAACUGGGACCCGACCGCGCGGGGCCAUUGCGGUAACCAGACGCUCGCCUUUGCGGCGGUUAGCAUUGUUGAUAUCAUCACCGAUCUGGCAAUCAUGAUUCUGCCUCUUCAAAUGGUAUCAAAGCUCCACAUGAAGAGGACGUAUAAAGUCGCUCUGAUGGGCGUGUUCGGUUUAGGUUUCGUAACCAUCAUCUUCACAGCUGUCCGUCUUUAUCUCGUUUUCAACGUCGACUUCCUGGACAUUACGUUCUCCGCGAUACCUACAACCAUACUCGGCAUAUUGCAACUUGGUGUCGCCAACAUAGUAAUCUCUGCGCCACUGCUUCGUCCAGUGCUGGACAGAACUCUGGGUAAAUGGUUUUCCCUCUCUGUGGUCAAUGGCUCCCGCGGUACGCCUGCGGCUGGCUCUCAUCCCAGCGGUAUCUCAAAACCAGGAAGCUCUGCAAACCUAGGCCUGCAUACCAGUAUCCACGGUCGUCCGAGGGCACCGGGGAGCAAGAACUUCCACCGGAUUACCGAGAGCGAAGAAAACCUGAGAUGGGAAAUGGAUGUGAUGCAUUCUGACAAAGGCAGAACCACAUACGCGGCGUGGCCAGAGGGAAGCCCAGAGAGCGUAAUGGAAAUGGGAACGACGCCACCAGCGGGCAAAAUUUUGAAGAUUCAAUCUACGGAGGUGACACAUGAAUAG